ACUCGUGGGCUGGAUUGCUAGAGUGGGAUUUCUAGUCUUUCGGAGCGCAGUAUAUUUUUGCUUGACUAUCUUUGGAUCUGUGUGCGUUUAACAGUAAUAAAGACAUAUUUUCUGAAUCGGUAAAUGUAGAUAUUUCAGACUGGAUCUUUACAUCUGUAUACCGUCUCCAAUUGGAAUAAAUAAUUGAGGAAUGUGGAAAUUACAGAAUGCCCAACAGCGUUGGAAAGAGAUUUAAACCCACCAAAUACAUCCCGGUAUCUACUGCUGCCACUUUUCUUGUGGGAUCCACCACCUUAUUCUUCGUUUUUACGUGCCCCUGGUUGACCAACACGAUCUCCCCCGCCGUGCCUCUCUACAAUGGCGUCGUCUUCCUAUUUGUGCUGGCCAACUUCAGCAUGGCUACCUUCAUGGACCCUGGAGUCUUCCCCAAAGCGGAUGAGGAUGAGGACAAGGACGAUGAUUUCCGGGCACCUCUCUACAAGAAUGUAGAGAUCAAAGGAAUUCAGGUCCGGAUGAAAUGGUGUGCCACCUGUCACUUCUACAGACCGCCCCGUUGCUCUCACUGCAGUGUGUGUGACAACUGUGUGGAGGACUUUGACCACCACUGCCCCUGGGUGAACAACUGUAUCGGGCGUAGGAACUACCGUUACUUCUUCCUGUUCCUGCUGUCGCUAAGCAUCCACAUGGUGGGCGUGUUCUCCUUCGGCCUGCUGUUUGUGCUGCACCACAUGGAGCAGCUGGGCACGUUGCACACCACCGUCACUCUAGUGGUGAUGUGUAUAGCAGGGCUCUUCUUCAUUCCAGUCAUGGGCCUGACAGGCUUCCAUAUGGUCCUUGUCGCCAGAGGUCGCACCACUAACGAACAGGUGACGGGCAAGUUCCGUGGAGGAGUAAAUCCCUUCACGCGGGGUUGCUGUGGCAACAUCAAGUAUGUCCUGUGUGCUCCCCUGGCGCCCAGGUACAAUGGUGUGGACCCCAGGAAGAAGCCCCCUGUCUCCAUCCAACCCCCCUUCAUCAGACCAAACCUCUCUGACAGACAGAUCAGCAUCAAGGUCAGCAACAACGGGGUCCACACCAGUAUCCUCCAGUCUAAAUCCAAGAUCAGUCUGGAUGGCCUGGCCGUGGAUGACAAAGGCCUAGACACCCAGCCUCCGCUACCUCCCAAAGUAGAACGCUACAACCAGCUGAAGAGCCAGCUGACGUCCAGCCAAGAUAGUUCCCUGUCCGGCAAGACCCAUCCCUCCACCCCGGCCAUGUACAAGUACCGGCCCUCGUUCGGCACCAUCCCUAAAGUCCAUUACCAUGCGGCAGGAGAGAAGAUUGUAAUGCCAGAUGACCACCGUAAGGCGUCAGCCAUCUUGGAGGAGGGCCGUUGCCAUGUCGACUACCGCUCAGAGCCCAACCUGGACCUGCCUGACUACCGCAACGCCCCUCUCCACCGCUCCUUCCAGUCCUCCCCACUGCAACUGGACUCCUACCCCAUAAACUCCAGCUCCCUCAACCUGAAGCAGGCCCACCAGCGCAGGGACAAGGGCCAGCUGCCUGUCCUGCAGCCUGAGACAGUCACCUCCACCCCCUACAAGAGCGUCUUCUCCCCACUGUCCAACCGCAACAGCAGCCUCUCCUACGACAGCCUGCUCAACCCCAGCAUUUCCCCAGCCACCGCAGCCGAGUGCAUGGCCCACCCCGGCAUGCCCUCUAUGGGCUCGCACUCACCCUACCUGCCAACCAAAAUGUGCCACGUGCGGGGGCCUGAACCUCAGAUCCAGAAGCAGCAGGUCCCCCCCAGCUUCAGCCCGGUGUUGGGCUCCGGGGGGAUGAGCAGAGGCAGGGGCAGGCAGUCCCCGCAGAACAGGGACCUGUCCCCAGUGUUGGGCUCCAGGGGGAUGGGGAUGAGCAGGGGCAGACAGUCCCCCCAGGACCGGGACCUGUCCCCGGUGCGCUACGACAACCUCUCCAAAACCAUCAUGGCCUCCAUCCAGGAGCGUAAGGAGAUGGAGGAGAGGGAGAAGCUGCAGCACCAUGGGGGGUGCUCCCAGGCUCAGUCCUAUGCCCAGGCUCAGGACUCAGGCAUGUUCGACAGCUCUGGAGGGUAUGGCCUGCCUCCCAGCGCCUGCUACCCGGAUAGUCCCCGGGACCCCAGCUCCAGAGGUCCCACGCCUCCAGCCUACGGAGGCUCUAGGGACAACCUGAUGGGGGUGGUGAGCUACGGGCCUCGGACCCCCGUGCUGCGCUCCUCUGGUGGCUCCUCUCUGGCACGUGCCCCCAGGACUUCCUACAGCUCCCUGCACACUGACAGCAGCAUGCAGGGAGGCAGGGUCCCUGAGCCCCCAUGCCGCUCCCCACCCCACCAGCCCCACCACUCCCCUGCCAUGCCCCAAUCCCCCUCCUACACCCACAAGAAACUCUCCUUCAUCCACGCCUUGGAGAGAACAGACUCACCCCGCCUUGGUGGCCCAAGAGAGGCCAUGAUGCAAAGUAAAGUGAAUGGGCAAACAGACUGCCAUCUAGGACCCAACAGCUCCAGUGCCCAGGGCACCACUCUCAGCCCUAGCCGCCACAGUAAUGUCAAAAAGGUGACUGGGGUGGGUGGCACAACCUAUGAGAUAUCUGUGUGAAAGGGCUGGGGCCCGGGGCGCCAAACCUUGAGGGAAGAGGCAGCAUUCUCAUGGCAUCCACAUCCAAUGACAACAACAAUUGUGCUACACAGAGAGGGUUCUCUUCUUCCUUUGACCUUUUUUUAUUCGAUAUUGUCCAAUCAGGGGCGCAUAGCAUUUCCUACUUGGGAAUUAUUGGCGGACCUCUGCUCUUUCCGUGCCUAGCCCUUGGUCUCUGUGUCUGUACUGGAGGAGUGCGCCGUGAUAAGUGUGUGUUUGAUGGGAAAAGAACAACUUCAACCUAAAGAGGGCUGAUGUUCUUACUGAGUGUUUUGUUGAAUUUUGUGGCUUGUUAUGUUAGUCAUCAGUGGACAGUCUGAAUGAGAUCUUAAAUUUGGCGUUUACAGCAUCUCAGUUGCGGUCUAGGUGCUGUUCUGUAUGAUCACACUCCCUAACCACCCACCCAGGCCGCGAGAGGUUAAUACACUGACACCCUUACACAUACAGAUGAUGCCACAUGUCUUUGUUCAGUCACAUUCUCUGAAAUAGCCAUGGUAUGGGGAGCCACCUCUAACCCAAUAAGUCAUGCAUACAGCACCAAUCCAUUGGAUUCAAGCAUACAGCACCAAUCCGUUAGAUUCAAGCAUACAGCAUCACUCCAUUGGAUUCAAGCAUACAGCACCAAUCAAUUAGAUUCAAGCAUACAGCAUCACUCCAUUGGAUUCAAGCAUUCAGCACCAAUCCAUUUGAUUCAAGCGUACAGCAUCACUCCAUUGGAUUCAAGCAUUCAGCACCAAUCCAUUUGAUUCAAGCGUACAGCAUCACUCCAUUGGAUUCAAGCGUACAGCAUCACUCCAUUGGAUUCAAAGCGUACAGCAUCACUCCAUUGGAUUCAAGCAUUCAGCAUCACUCCAUUGGGUUCAAGCAUUCAGCGUCAAUCCAUUUGAUUCAAGCGUACAGCAUCACUCCAUUGUCUUCAAGCGUACAGCAUCACUCAAUUUGAUUCAAGCAUACAGCAUCAAUCCAUUGGAUUCAAGCAUACAGCAUCAAUCCAUUGGAUUCAAGCAUACAGCGUCAAUCCAUUGGAUUCAAGCUUAUACACAUACCUCUUAUGAAUUCAAGGUGCUUUCAAGGUGCUGACCGUGUCUGUCUUGUCCAUCAACAACAUGUUGGCCAUUACUGAGCAGCACAGAGAAAAUAUCACAUUGCACCAGUCAGUGUUAGAUCAAUGCAAUCUUUAAUACUGUUCCAAUACCGUCACAAGAUGGGCUGAAUGGAUAUCAAACUGUUAAAUGGCAAUACAACAGUGCUGUGUGGCACUCAGAGACACAGGUCUUGAAUUUCUCCAACUACAUUUAUCCUCUGAGUUUCGAGGUGGUGUUUUAGGGCUUACAGUACAGGAGCAUAUUCAUCUCAACUCUAGCUGAGCUCCAGUAUUUAUUUCCCUUUACAAACUGGGUGGUUCGAGCCCUAAAUGCUGAAAGUCAUGGUAUAUCACACCCAAUACCACAGGUAUGACAAAACAUUUAUUUUUACUGUUCUAAUUACGUUGAAUAGCAAAAAGACACCUCGGGUUUGUGGUAUAUGGCCAAUAUACCAUGACUAAGGGCUGUAUCCAGGCACUCCACUUUGCGUUGUGAGCAUGAACAGCCCUUAGCCAUGGUAUAUUGGCCAUAUACCACAUCCCCUCGUGCCUUAUUGCUUAACUAUACCAUAAGCUACAGUUAUCAGUAACAUUGUCCAACAUUCUAUCUAUUGAUUUCCAUGUCAUGUUUGAGUGACCCCCGACACAGACCAGUGCUAAGAAGAUACACAAAAGCUUUUGCCACUGAGUGUUACAGAGGUGGCUGUUAUCUGUGAUCUAUGCUGAACACCCCAACAAAACGGUCCUCCCCAUAUUCAGGACAACUCCCACCAGCUAACCAGUCAGCCAUGCACCGCCAAAACAUCUAAUAGGCAAUGUAUUACUUUUGUGACUUAGUAUUUUUAGUAUCAUAGGUCUACCCAUAAUAAGUUAUGUUAAAGCCAUGUAUAAUUGUUUUGUUAUGAUUCAUAUCAAGAGUGGAAAAAGUCUUCAGCUGUGUUACUACAUGAAAACAUGUCACCCAUUGCUAUUUAGUAGUUUUUUUAUUGAUCUUUUUAUUUUUAUUUCCAACCUUUCGAAAAUGUUUGAUACAUCUUGCUUUUUAUACAGAUACUCAAGCUUGGAAUGGAUGUUUGUAUUUUGAGUGGAUUUUGUUAAGUUAUAACUUAAGUGAAUUAAUGAAUAAGUACCAUAGCCGAUAUAGGGAAGGAGGUAUGCUAGUUUGUUGUAUGCUACAGUGUAAAAAAAAUAUUGAUUAAACUGUGAUGAAGCAAUGUAAAGUUAUACAAAGCGGAUGUCAUUUAAAAAAGUGCCAAAGUUGGCUACUAACCCUGAUUCUGUUAAAGCUCUGGGUACUCCUGAAAUCCAUCCACUUUAAGCAGCUGUCUGGCACAGCAAACCAAAUGAAUUACAAGACAUGAGGAAAGUCAUGGAUAAAACUAUGGGACUGUUGUUUUUUUGUGGUUCACUAAUGAAAAGAAGAUAUAGUUUGAUAGGUACAUCUAUUUUCUUUCUUUAAAAAACACUGAUUAAAUGUAGCUUGAAAGUU